CCUACCUGGCAUCUCCUUCAACGACACAACGACACACUCUUCCACCUAAACGAUACACCUGCCCCCUCUCCCUCCCCUCUCUGAAAGAGAACAAUGACCCACCGCGCCGACGCAAGCACCUUCCUCGACAACAGAGGCUACACCGGCCCCCUCAUCCGCGGCGUCAACCCCGCCACCCUCUUCGAAAAGGCCGUGCGCGACCGCAUCACCGACUCUUAUUAUUGGAAGGAGCAAUGCUUCGGCCUGAACGCGGCCACUCUCUGCGACCGCGCCGUCGAGCUGACCUGCAUCGGCGGGGUGUAUGGGGUGGCUGAGAAGCCGACCCCGUUUCUGUGUUUGGCCUUUAAGCUGUUGCAGCUGAAUCCGGACCGGGAGAUUAUUCUGGAGUAUUUGAAUUUUUCGGACACAAACCAGGACAAUGACACCAGACGUGAGCCCCGACACGAGGACGAUGACUCCUCCGGAAACAACAGCAAUGAGAAUCACGACGUUGACCCCGAAGCGGCCAUCCUCCAAACCCGCGGCGACUUCAAAUACCUCCGCGCGCUGGCCGCCUUCUACGUCCGCCUAACCUUCCCCGCGGCCGACGUCUACAAAACGCUCGAACCCCUGCUGCUGGAUUACCGGAAGCUGAAGCGCCGCGUGCGCGACUCGUUCGUCCUGACGUACAUGGAUCAGUUUGUCGAUGAGCUGUUGACCAAGGACCGCGUGUGCGGGACGAGUCUGUGGAAGUUGCCAGCCCGCCAGCAACUCGAGGAUUUGGAGCUGUUGGAGGAGAGGGUUAGUCCUUUGCAAGCGGAAUUGGACGAGAUGGAGAGGAGUGAUGAUGAUAAGGAGGAGGGAGAGGAGGAGGAGGAUUGAAUUACUCCUCGGGUUCUUUUUGUGUCGUCGAUUUGGGAGGCUAUGGCUUCUGGUCGACGCGCGCGAAGCAAUUAAUCAGUUUAUUACAGGUACUGGACUAGCUGCUCGGGGUUGGUCGAGUGGGUUGACCGCAGCCAGAGACUACAUCACGCAGUGCGCGGCGCGACGGUAUCCCCCCUGCAAGCCCUGUGCAGACCGUCUGCAUAUACUGCAUCAAGGCCGGCAGUGUUGCGUCAACCUCGAAUUCGAGCUUUGGGCUAGCUCAGUCACCCAUUGCUCGUCACGCUCAGGCGCGAUCAAAACCCGCGAGGGCUCUGGUCGAACACUUGGAGCUGCUGGACUCCUGAGACACAGGAAAGCCGUCUCAGAUAGAUAAGCCCUCAACUGAGGCACGUUCGGCGUAUCUACAUGCAAAUGUCUCUCAGGAUUACCUUAUUCCACUCUAAGCAGAUACAAAAUAACCAUUCAUACACAAAAAAGCAUUAACUA